UGGUGUACAAAACACGGAAUGACCUCUCUUGCUAGUUAGCUACCCUGCCUGACAAAUGUAGCACAGCUACAUUUCCUGGACAGAGUAAAUGGAUCAAAGUAAACAACAAGAGGACGACUAUGGCUACAAUUUAUUCCCAGAGAGGAACGCGUCCAAGUUCAAGAAGGACUCGAUAGCACAGAGCCUGUUCACGUUUAACCACAAGUGUCAGGUCAUGCUCCACCUUGCAAUGGAAACAAGUCCAUACGCCAAGCUUUUGAUGGGCGCAAUGAAGAAUUCAGGCUGCCAGGUGUUCAAAGAUCGACAUUUCUCCUGUGAAGACUGUGAUGGAACAGUCAGUGGAGGAUUCGAUGCAACGUCGUCGCAGAUAGUCCUGUGCCAGAACAACAUACACCAGCAGGCCCAUAUGAACAGGGUGGUGACCCACGAGCUCAUUCACGCCUUUGACCACUGCCGAGCACACGUGGACUGGUUCAAUAAUUUCAAACACCUGGCUUGCUCAGAGAUCAGAGCUGCUAAUCUUAGCGGGGAUUGCUCUUUUUCCAAUGAGCUGUCCAGAUUCAACUUUGGCCUUAAACAGCACCACCAGGAGUGUGUUCGGGGUAGAGCGCUGCGUUCCAUCCUGGCGGUGCGUAAAGUGAGUCGUGAGGAUGCAGAGAAAGUACUGGACGAGGUCUUCGAAAGCUGCUUCAACGACCACGCCCCUUUUGGACGCAUCCCGCACAGUAAGCGUGACGCCAAGUUCGCCUAUCGAGACUUCGAGAGCCGUGACCGCUACCACGCCAACUUAUAAUCCACAAUGCUGUACGACCUAAAGUCAAUGGACUUGAUUAGCUGACCAUCAGCUAUUAUUGUAUACGUGGUGCUUUUGUACAAGAUGGCUGGACAGGAUGUGCAUGGAAUUAGCCGCCCUGCUAACCAAAGGAGAGACCGUUUAUCGUGUAAAGCUGUGUUGAGGGAGAACUACAUUGCAUAGCAUAGCAUCCUCUGCAGUGGAGGGAGCAAGUCAGUGAGGUAAUUUAUCUUCUUUUAAAAUCCAUAAAAAUGUUAAAGAAUCUUCUUUUAAGCAAAAAUGCACAGUAAAAUUCUGAGUUUUGCUGUGCUGAAUUAAAAAAGGGACAGUGGAAUGUUGGAAGGAUAGGUGGUUAUAAUAAUCAGUUAUGGUUCUAAAGAUUUAUUGGUAUCAAUUUUCAUUUUUUUAACAUGAGUAAAUGCAUUCAAGGAACCACAUCCAUCUGACACACAGACAGUGGCAAUGGUAACAGUUCACCUUACGAAAGUGACACUUGUGGACGUAACAUUUCAAAGUCGAGGAUGAGUUGUGAUCAGUGUUCGUCGGGCCCAGUGAUAUGUAUGAGAUGAAGUAUUUAAUUCAGCACAGUCUCUGAUUGGUCCACUUGGACAGGAUACGAUUGAAUACAGUCUCUGAUUGAACCACGUAGACAGGAAGGUAAAUGCAACCUACCCUGAGGAUGUGUUUUUGGCCACGUUUGUGAUGCCGCAUGCUGCACAAUCCUGUGCAGUGCACAUGCGCACUAACCAAUUACAAUGCAUCCUAGUUAGUGAUUUCCAAAUUUGUGCGGCAUGGGGCAUCACGAAUUUGCCCUUUUACUCUCCUCAGUUUCAAUCUCUUGCUGUACGUUCUUGACUGAAGAGAAAAGUGUUGUAAGAGCAGGCCAUUUUAUAUUGUCAACAAGUGUUGAAAUAAAAUGGAUUCCUAUUAA